AGAGUGGAACUAUUUCGCGCUGGUGUAUGUUUGUCAGGGGAAGUAUUUCCAGAACGUUUCUGUCGGAAAUAGCAAACGGUAGCUCUUGAUUUUCACAGAAGUUAUUUUCAUGGCUUUAUGAUCGAGUAAUUCGUUGUGGCAUGUUAGUCAGCUACAGCAGCAGCUCCGAAGAAGACGAGGAAAACGAAGGCAGGGAUAAAAGGAAGCAUAAACGUUGUAAAAACGAUGACUCCCCACCGACUAGCAAAAAGCUCAGAUGUGUCACAGCAACACAGGAUUGCUGCACCCAAAUGGCCGCGUUCCACCCUACCCAGGCAAAGCCCCGCCUGCCGUUGCCAGGUUGCGUACUCGAAAUGUUCAGCGAACCCGAGGAUCCGUCAACUGAGGACAGUUCGCUACAUGGCGGGAGAGUGCGAUCUUUCCAACACGAGAGGGGCAACUGGGCUACAUAUGUGUACCUUCCGUACGCACCUGAUGAGGGGUUCCUGGACCUGGUGGGGGAGAUGGUGCAGGUGGUGUCGGCCCGUGGCCUCUCUCUGACCUGGGCGGAGGAGUUCCACGUCAGCCUGUCUCAGACGGUGGUCCUGCGGCACCAUUGGAUCCAGCCCUUCGUGCUGUCCCUUCGUAAGGGGCUGGCCUCCUACCCACGGAUGGUGUGUUUGGCUGAAAAGAUGAAUGUAUACACCAAUGAGCAGAAGACCAGGACCUUUCUGGGUGUGGAAGUCACCACUGGGCACGCUCAGCUGUUGGAGGUCGUGAGGGCCGUGGACCAGACCAUGGAGGAGUUCAGUCUGAGCACCUUCUACAAGAACCCCUCCUUCCACGUCAGCCUGGCCUGGUCCGUGGGCGACUGCGCAGACCAGCUGCGCAGCCAAUGUCUGCAGGAGCUGCAGGCCACUCUGGACUCCCACGAGGAAGGGUCCUUCCUGCUGAGACUGGCCUGUGAGGAGCUCCGCUGCAAAUCCGGGAACAAAGUCUUCACCUUCCCCCUGCACUGACCCCUGACCCCAACGAGCGAGGCUCCGUCAGUCUCCCAGUGGGGGGGCGGCUCUCCAGAUCAGCUAUUCGCAGAUGCAAACCCGCCCUCGCGUUCUGUCACAGAGAGAGGAGAGAUUCUAUUGGUCCGUAACGCUUGUCAGUCACCGACGGCAUGCGAUAGCCCCACCCAUUUCAGGAUUCGCAAAGCCAGGGGAAAAAAGGUUGUGCGCUUGCCGCACUGCACCCUUAUAGUGGACAUAUUAUAUUGUUCAGGCCAGUCCCCAGUACUUUUUCCCACUAGCACAUUUGCACACAUUUUAGAUUUGUUUGCAAAGAAAUAAACUAUUUUAAACUUUUCUACAUUAAA